AUGGCUCAUAGUAGCUUUGAGAAAGGAAAACAUGUCGUUAUAGACUUGAAUAAAGCACCUGAAGAUAGUGAUGUUUAUAAGUUUGGCACAUGUAAUGGUGAAUAUGGGCAUCGUCAAGAUAAAUCAACUUUGGCUAUUGUGCAACCCCUCGAACUGGAAAAAACCUUACGAGACUUAUCAGCUGAAGAAGUCCUCCACACGAUGUUUAACUCGGAAGCUAAAGCGG